CCAGAGAGGGGGCGGUGGUCUCGACGCUGACAGCAGCUCCCCGCCCCCGCGGCCCGCCACGUCCCGCACGUAUCGCCCCGGCAGCGGCACAGAGCGGCAGGUUGGCGCCGGGAGCUCCGGCUCCUCCGGCGGGGCUCGGUAUGAGGUUGGCAAGGCUGCUGCGGGGCGGCAAGAGCGUCAGGCCGCUCUGCGCCGUCCCCUGCGUCAGCCGCAGCCUGUCCUCGGACUCGGCCUCGGGCUCCCGGCCGGCGCCGGAGAGCGGCGUUCCGGGCCAGGUGGACUUCUAUGCGCGCUUCUCGCCGUCGCCACUCUCCAUGAAGCAGUUCCUGGACUUCGGAUCAGUAAAUGCCUGUGAAAAGACUUCAUUUAUGUUUCUGCGACAAGAGUUGCCUGUUAGAUUGGCAAAUAUAAUGAAAGAAAUAAGCCUUCUUCCAGAUAAUCUUCUCAGGACCCCAUCUGUACAGCUGGUACAAAGUUGGUAUAUCCAAAGCCUUCAGGAGCUGCUUGAUUUUAAAGACAAGAGUGCUGAAGAUGCUAAAACUAUUUAUGAAUUCACAGACACAGUGAUAAGGAUCAGAAACCGGCACAAUGAUGUCAUUCCCACCAUGGCCCAGGGUGUGACUGAAUACAAGGAGAGCUUCGGGGUGGAUCCUGUCACCAGCCAGAAUGUUCAGUACUUUUUGGAUCGAUUCUACAUGAGUCGCAUCUCAAUUAGAAUGCUACUCAACCAGCACUCUUUAUUGUUUGGUGGAAAAGGAAGUCCAUCUCAUCGCAAACACAUUGGAAGCAUAAAUCCAAACUGCGACGUCGUCGAGGUCAUUAAAGAUGGCUAUGAGAACGCUAGGCGCCUUUGUGAUUUGUAUUAUGUUAACUCUCCUGAACUAGAACUUGAAGAACUAAAUGCGAAAUCACCAGGACAGACAAUACAAGUGGUUUAUGUACCAUCCCAUCUCUAUCACAUGGUGUUUGAGCUGUUCAAGAAUGCAAUGAGAGCGACCAUGGAGCACCAUGCAGACAAAGGUGUUUAUCCCCCGAUUCAGGUUCACGUCACACUGGGUGAGGAGGAUUUGACUGUGAAGAUGAGUGACCGGGGAGGCGGUGUUCCUCUGAGGAAGAUCGACAGACUCUUCAACUACAUGUACUCAACAGCACCCCGGCCUCGAGUGGAAACGUCCCGUGCGGUGCCCCUGGCUGGGUUUGGUUACGGCUUGCCCAUAUCACGCCUCUAUGCACAGUACUUCCAGGGAGACCUAAAGCUGUAUUCCUUGGAGGGCUACGGGACUGAUGCCGUUAUCUAUAUUAAGGCUCUGUCAACAGAAUCCAUCGAAAGACUCCCUGUGUAUAAUAAAGCUGCCUGGAAGCAUUACAAAACCAACCACGAGGCUGAUGACUGGUGUGUGCCCAGCAGAGAGCCGAAAGACAUGACCACAUUCCGAAGCUCUUAAAUGCACGAGGGACGCUGGCAGAUCCAGAUGUGGCUUUUGCUAAAUUUGGAAGAGAUGUAUUUGGAACCUUGUUGUACCAAAUAUAUCAUGUGUGAUUUUUCACAAUUAGUGUUUGCCAAAGCUCCUGAAGGAUCAAUUUUACCAUCUUUAUUCUGAUACGUUUGGUUAAUUGGGCGUGUUUUUGAACACACAUAAUUUUGGUCAACUUCCCUUGGUGUGAUAUGGAGUGCAAAGUCCCUGGUUUCUGUAGGAAGCUGAGUAUUUCAAGGUUUCAUUUAUGUCUGUUAGAAGCAUCUUAAAAAAUGUGGAGUAGCUGGUUAGCAGCCUUUUGGAGUUCUGUCAUCUGUGAGUGGUGACACCUAAUCAGAUGGUCUUAUCUCCCACGAAGCAGAACCCAGUGGUCCAUUAAAACCCACACAAAUGGUCAGAGUGCUGACAUGAAUUAAUCAUGGCAUCAUUUUAUUGCAGUGGAUUGUAAUGACUGGUUCUCCAUGGAGCUAAGUCCAGAGCAUGAGUAGUGCGUUUACAGUCAACGCAAGGGAUUUUCUCUAAGAACAACGUCUCACUGUGUAGCCCCAGCUGGCCUUGAGUUUACAGUGCCGAUGGUGUCCUGAGCAUUGGAAUAAGAAGGGUGUGCCACCACAUCUGGCUUAUAAGAGAAAUGCUAUUCCCAAAACAAGCCAAGCGGCAGCAGAGAAUAAACUGGGAGUGAAGCACUAAGUGGCCCAGGCUGAACCGACUGACUUGAGAUCUGAUGGAGAUUUUGACGAAAGUGAGUUUGAAAGUGAGUUUCUCUGGGUCUGACACAGGCAUCCAGAGGCUGAAGGCCAGGGCCGAGGUGAGGCUCAUGGCUGGCCUGGCUGGAACUACAUUUGGUAGUGAAUAGUGACUACUGCUCUUGCCCAAGAAACAGCUUGGGUGCCCCAUUUUCAGGUCAGGUUGCAACAUGUUAGGGGGACAUAAUCUGAACUCAGGCCUGCUGCAAUCUAAAGUGUUAUCAGCAGGGAGACCAGAGUGACAGCAAGAGGUCAGGCGAACAAAGGCUCAGUCACCUUGGUUUUAACUGGUGACUAAGGACAUAUACUUUUCUAAAAUAUCCAGAUUUUUUAAAAUCAAAAGUCAACUUAUGUUGAUUACUGAAUUCCUUUGCAGCUAUGUGGUGAUUUUAAGUCUGCAGUAAAUGCUUUGAAGUAUUGAUGUUAUUUGUGUCAAAACACAGAGCUAUGGCGCUGUGGACACCUGGGCUUUCUGUGACCCAAAGUCACAGAAUUGGAACCGCAGCCAGAGCUAUCUCUGCUGAUCACCAUCCAGUAUCUGGGAUAUUCUCACCUCUCUGUUAAGUGAUGGAGAAAUACUUGGAAAACCUGCUUUGCCACUUAUCUGGAGGAAUUUGGGGUUUGGUUUAAAAAUGUAGUGAGUUAAAAACAUGUCACUCUUGACAGGAUUUAUUCAAUUAUCACUCUGUGUCCCAUAAAAGCCAAAUCAUGCAACAUGGCACAAAAUAGAAUUUUGGUGCCAAUGAUAGAAACAUGUAGAUUGAGCAAGCUCCAGGGUGGUCAGUCCGUGUGAGAGGCGAGGGGCCUGAAACUCAGGUCCCCUUGGCCCAGGGAUUUUUAGCUAAUACUACCAAAUGUUGGAAAAUACACACCUUAUACCUGCUGUUCCUAAUUGAGGACUUUGUAAGAAAUAAUACACUAUAUUCAUGAGUGACAUUUAUUCAGUGUUACACUUAUUAGCUUUAAUUCACAUUUUACUGCAAUGAUGAAAUAUUUUGGAAUCUUUUGUACAACUGUCAAUAAACGUACUAUUUUUACUUGUGAAAUACUUUGCCCUCUCCAAGGAAUUAAAACAUUGUCUCCCUCUCUGCUUAAGAGCUAAGAAAUGUUUUCAGACAACAAGUAGAAUUAUUUUACUUUAAUCUCUUUUUAAGGUGUAGCACCUUUUUGCUUUGUUAUGGUAAUGGAUGGAAACUGAAUGUGACAAAGCUCUAGGGGGCGCUUUUCAGAGUUGCUUUUAAAGAUACAUAGAAGUUUUUAGAUUCUUUUUUCUUUUUCUUUUUUUCUUUUCUUUCUUUCUUUUUUUUUUUUUUUUUUUUGGUUUUUGGUUUUUUGAGACAGGGUUUCUCUGAGUAGCCCUGGCUGUCCUGGAACUCACUCUGUAGACCAGGCUGGCCUCGAACUCAGAAGUCCACCUGCCUCUGCCUCCCAAGUGCUGGGAUUAAAGGCGUGCGCCACCACUGCCCAGCUAAGUUUUUAGAUUCUUAAGGUGAGCCAUUUUGUCUGCUAGUGUUGGUUUUACGUGGUAUAGGUAUGAAAAUAGAUUUGACGGUUGGGGAAUGGACGGCAAGUGAGUUUUAUAACCUGGGCAGUUAAUGAGUGUGCUGGUGUAGUGUAGGAGAGGAUUGUAAGACUAUUCCACACUGUAAUCUCACAUGCUGGCUGGUUUUGAUGCCUUUACACUUAAUAAUGGCCAGUGUCUUCCACUGUGAAGUUUCUACAUGAAGAUGUAGAAUCAGAAUUACUGUAGUGUAAAACAUUUUCGAGGUGACAGUAAACAGCGUCAGCAUUGUUUAAAAAUUAAUUUGAGUCACUUAAGGAUUUUGGAAAUAAUACUCAUGUCUUUUAGACAGCAGUCUGUUUCAUCAUCAAGGCUCAAUAUCUGUAAAGGUUCAAGAAAUUAUAACUAGUUGCCAGCACACUGGCUCAGCAGGUCAAAGCAACGGUCAUCAAGCCUGGGUUAGGUUGGAGGUCUUUUCUCAGCACAUACGGUGGAAGGAGAGCGAGGACCAGCUACCCCAUAAGCUGUCUUUGGAUCUCCACGUGUUCACUGUGCAUGUGAGCAUCCCCUAUACACACCACACUAAUAACACUUCAGCUGUGCCUUGUACUCUUAACUAUCUCAUGGUGGUGUUUGAGGCAGGCGUCCAGUGUAUACUGUCUGAUGUGAAAGCAGGUAGAGUGUGUGUGGUUUGAGUUACCCUAGGUUUUCCUUUUCUGAGAUACUGCCAAUGGUUGACAUGCACUGGAGAACUGGUGGCUAGUUUUGAAAAGCUAUAUAAGUAAAUCAAGUAAUUUUCCUCAGUAGAAAUGACAGUAGAGAAGGAAUUUAUCCAGCACUGCCUUCUACUUAAUACUGGUGGAAUCUCUAAACUUUAGUAGCGACAAUAGUAUGUCCUAUUCCUCAUUGAGAACAUGAAGCCACCAUACCUAUUAUAGUCAGGAAGGUCCAGCCAGCAUGGUGGCACACACCUGUAAGUGGAUCUCUGAACUUGAGCCAGCCUGGUCAGUGUAGGGAGUUUCAGGUAAGCCAAGGCUGCAUGUAUGGACCCCGUGUGCUAUGCUGUCUUCUUUUAAAUCAAUCAAUCUUUCCAGAGGGGAAAGAGUUGUGUGGUUCUGUGCAACACUGAGUGGCUAACUGGGGAGGGACCCCAGCCGGCAAACUUCUGUGAGUUUAUGUCAUCAGUUUUAUGACGAAAUAACAAAGCUUGAAAGGAUGGGUGGCCAGGAUUAGGUAUGGUUGUUUUUAUUGAAGGAACUUCUCAUUAUAUCUGAUUAACUUGUGGUCUCAGAACUAUUAAUUUUCUCAUAGUCAAACCCAAGACACUCAAAAAAAUAUAUAGAAUUAAUGCUUUCUGAAGGAAAACUGAAUGCAUUCCAAUUUUACACAAUCCUGGCAUUCUUAAAUUACUGUGUCGUUCUACCUUUGUGUUUGCAAAGAAUUAAACAUUGUGCUGUCCACUUUU